UCCUUCCUCCUUCCCUUCCCUCUCGUUAAACCCUUUCUGUUUAAAUCCUUAAACCCUUCCCAAGUCGUCGAUUCCUCAAUGCCAUUCCUUUUCUAGCUUCUCCUUUUGCAAUCCAAUUACAAUGGCUGUAGAUAAGGAGAAAGUAGCCGAAGAAUCUGUUACCAGUCGUUUGUUCAAAAUUAUUCUCAGCUGGGACUAUUUUCGGCUCCUCAAGGAUUCCAAACAAAAACGCAAGGAUGAUGGUGGUGCAGCGUCAUUGGGUUUAAAGGAAGUGAAAUCUUCAUAUAAAGAUGUCGACGAUUAUAUCUCUACUUUUGAGCCGCUUUUGUUGGAAGAAAUCAAGGCUCAGAUUAUUCAGAGGAAUGACGACGAAGAUGCGGCGGAUUGGAAGUUCAGGGCGAUCAUGGACUGCAGUGAAGUUAAUGGAUUUCACUUCCCAGAGAUAGUGUAUCUCAGAGACGAGGACAUAAAAGAUGAAGAUGGCGAAAAGGCUGAAUUCCUAUCACCAAAUGAUCUUUUGCUUCUCUCCAAGGAGAAGUUUCAGGAAAAUGCAAAACUACCCACCACAUAUGCCUUUGCAUUAGUGGAAAGUCGCCAACAUAGUAAACUCAGGCUUAGAAUGUAUUUGGCUGGAGAAGUCACACAUAAAGGCGUAGAGGCAAUUGUAUCUUCUCCAAGGCUUCUGAAAGUGCGGUCUCAUAUUACUUCUUCCAGUAAAGAUGGAAUAUAUAUUUACAGUCUAAAGAUCUGCAGUUUAUCGACUAUCAUUCGUGAAUAUAUAGCAUUGUGGUCUAUUAGUUCUUUACCUUUUAGGGAUAUGAUACUAGCAGCUGCUGAUAAGAAUACUGGUGAAGAUCAAGCCUGGAAAAUUUCCAGACCAUUGCAGGAUUAUAUGCGAGAAAAUCUUAAUGAAUCUCAACAGGCAGCUGUACAGGCUGGUCUGUCGCGUAAACCCUUUGUUCUCAUACAGGGUCCUCCAGGAACAGGGAAGACACAGACCAUCCUUGGGCUUCUUAGCGCUAUUCUGCAUGCCACACCAGCAAGGAUGCACUCCAAGGUUGGUUUGAUUGAAACAAGGCAGGGGUCAGAAUUACCUGUGAGGGAAAAAUACGAUCACUGGAACCAAGCAUCACCAUGGUUAAAUGGUAUAAAUCCUAGGGACAAUAUAAUGCCAGUAAAUGGCGAUGAUGGUUUUUUCCCUACCUCAGGAAAUGAACUGAAACCAGAAGUAGUAAAGUCAAAUCGUAAGUAUCGGGUUCGAGUGCUUGUAUGUGCCCCAUCUAACUCUGCUCUUGAUGAGAUUGUUCUGCGCGUUCAAAACACUGGUGUACGUGAUGAAAAUGAUCAUCCAUAUACUCCUAAAAUUGUGCGCAUUGGACUUAAACCCCAUCCUUCCAUAAAGGCGGUCUCCAUGAAAGAACUUGUGGAACAGAAGAAAAACAAUAUGAAUACGGGUAAAGAUAAAAGUGGAGCUUCAGGGACAGAUUUGGACAGUAUCCGUUCUGCGAUUCUGGAUGAGAGUGUUAUUGUUUUCUCCACACUCAGUUUUAGUGGUUCUUCUCUGUUUAGUAAAUGGAACCGGGGUUUUGAUGUUGUUAUAAUAGACGAGGCUGCCCAAGCUGUGGAAUUGGCAACGCUUGUUCCUCUGGCUAAUGGAUGCAAACAAGUAUUCCUGGUUGGUGAUCCAGAGCAACUUCCAGCCACUGUAAUUUCUACAACAGCUAAGAAGUUUGGAUAUGACAAGAGUUUGUUCAAGAGAUUUCAGACAGCUGGGUAUCCUGUUACAAUGUUGAAGAUCCAAUAUAGAAUGCAUCCGGAGAUCAGAAGCUUUCCAUCCAAGGAGUUCUAUGCAGAAUCACUGGAGGAUGCACCGGAUGUCAAACUGCGGACAGCACGUGCAUGGCAUGCAUACCACUGUUAUGGUCCUUUCUGUUUCUUUGAUUUACAUGAAGGGAAAGAAUCUCAGCCCCCAGGAAGUGGAUCUUGGGUGAACGUUGAUGAGGCUGAAUUUGUCCUCCUCCUGUAUCAUAAAUUGGUUAUUUCAUAUCCAGAGUUGAAGUCAAAUUCUCAGGUUGCAAUCAUAUCACCCUAUAGCCAACAAGUAAAACUUCUCCAAGAAAAAUUUAAGGAUACUUUUGGACUUGAUCCUAGUGGCAUAGUGGAUAUUACAAGUGUCGACGGUUGCCAGGGACGCGAGAAGGACAUUGCCAUAUUUUCUUGUGUCAGGGCAAGCGAGAAUAGAUCAAUAGGAUUUUUAUCUGAUUGUCGCCGAAUGAACGUUGGUAUCACUAGAGCAAGAGCUUCUAUCCUGGUGGUAGGUUCUGCUUCAACAUUGAAGAGAGAUGAACACUGGAAUAAUUUGGUGGAAAGUGCUCGGAAGAGGGAUUGUUUAUAUAAGGUUUCAAAGCCAUAUACCUCAUUUCUCAGUGACGAAAGUAUUGAAUCAAUGCGAGUCGGAAGUGAAUCUGCAGUUGGGCCAACAGGCGAGAGAGACGAGUCUGACGCAAAUGCUCCUCCUGAACCCAAUGCUGGAGAUGCCGAUCAAGCGCCGGCAGACGACAAUGAGUUUGGAGAUGGGGACGAAGACAUGUAUGAAGGCGGAUUUGAAGAAGAUUAAGGCCUUCAAUUCAAUUUUUGAAUGUAUCUGUUGGUGCCUUCAGGAUAACUGAUCCCCAGGCAGUGCGUAACAGAUUGGAAGUUAUUUAUUUCCCACAAUUGGGAAAAUACAAAUUAUUUUACAUCCACAUUGAUUUGUAUACGUUUUAGGGGGAACCAAUGGAAGUGUUCCAGGUGAUGCGAUGCAGAGGGAGUGGAACACUGUUUUGUUUACCGUAGGAGCGUGAUCUGUAAAGAUGUGUAGUUCUUAUUUAUUUAUUGUUUCACUUGACAUGUGACAGUGGAGGAUUUUCCAAGUAUAUAUGUUUAAACUAAUUGAGAUA